UCCUCGUUACAUACAACGUCCCUGUUACUAUCACUAUUCUUGAUAUUACUCCUGUCGUGGUCUUAGAGAUGCGCUUUCUUUAUGGCGGACGAUCCAUCUCACUGCUUCACCCCUAGAAACGCUUAUACGCCACCCUUCCAUCAUGGCGACUGCCUAUGGUGAAGGCGAACGGCCCCGGCUCACUCACGUCCAUAGGUAUCUCGCUCUUACCGGCACCGUAGGGAACGAAGAUGAUCAUUCUCGAGGAAAUCCUCCCUCGAACAGGCCCAGGCCCGACACCACUUUGACCUCCUUCGCACAGCUCGUCACUCUGAAAUUAGGCGUACAGAGGGCGAUCAUCAGCCUCGUGGGCCGGCGUCUUCAGUAUAUCUUAGCAGAAUCCACGCAAGACCUCGAGCUGUGGAAUAUUGGUGAUUCUGAUAGGUUAUGGAUGAAUUCUUAUGGGCAUACCGCUCAGAGGGAUAUAUUAUGCACGCAUGCGAUCAAUACAUCUACACCCGAACAAGGAUAUGCUUGCUACUGUGUUCUCGAUCUCAUGGAACAUUCAGAGUUCCGGAAUCUGUCAUACGUCGAGGAAGCUCCGCAUUUAAGAUUCUAUGCCAGCACCCCCUUGGUAACACGAGAAGGGUACCGCAUCGGAUGCUUAUCUAUCCUCGAUGAACACCCAAGAGGAGAAGAAUUAGCACAAUCCGAGAUCGAUUUCCUUGGCCUUAUGGCUUCGAAUGUGAUGCAGUAUCUGGAUAUGCAGCGGGAAUCCGAAGAACAGAAACGGGUAACGACAAUGUCCAAGGGCCUAGCUGCUUUUACUGAAGGGAGACAACGCAUUCCUUCGGAAUGGAAGUCCCUGCGUAGUGCAGAUACGGGGACCACCCGGGCUCAUGCAAGACAGAUCGACGAGCAUCAGAAUUCUGAAAAGUACUUUGCGCCUUCCAAGGAUCUCGCAGCACCGGAGGCUUCGUCGUCAUAUGACCAUCACUCACCAGCUCCGCAACGACGGUCCAGAAGAGAUUCUGGUGUUGGUUUGAAUCGCGUGAGUCAAUCGCAUGCAGAAGUUCUUGCAAGGGGUUCGAAUCUACUUCGAGAGUCUUUGAAUGUCCAUGUUACUGUCUUCUUCGACACAAGGACUGGAGCUGUGCAACCUGCCUCGAAGGAUGUCCCCGUAUCGGAAGAGCAGGUGAAGGCCCCAGCACAACUGCAACAAAACAAAGCAAUAAACAUUCCAGGGGCAGAUAUUCUCAGCUUCUCUACUGAAAAAUGCUCGACCACAAGCCAAACUUGUACGCGCUCAAACGAGUUCGGUAAUUUAGGCAUCAAUAUCGUGAGGCGAAUUAUAAAGAAAUACCCUCAAGGGCAUCUAUGGUCGUUUGAUUCAACGGGGAGCAUGAUUUCUGUCGAAGAGGCCCCAUUAGCAUUAGACGGGAACAGCUCCACUGAAUCAGACAGUGAAACGGACGGAUCCCCUCGGCAAAAGCUCUCUUCUGCGGUGGAGGGUGACGCUCUUACUGCCUGCUUUCCAGGGGUACGACAAGUUCUCUAUGCCCCUAUUAUUGAUCCGACAACCUCUCAUUGCAUUUGUGCAUGCUUUGCUGUAUCAUUCCACGAAAUCCCUGUGUUCACAACAGAAAUCGAGGUCGCUUUCGCUCGGGCCUUUCUCAACAACGUCGCCGUGGAGUGGGACAGGGUCUCUGUAGCAUUGUCAGAUCGCCAGAAAGGAGAUUUUCUAUCGAGCAUCUCCCAUGAGUUCCGGUCCCCAUUACAUGGCAUUUUAGCGUCAACAGAACUUCUGUCGGAAUCGGAAUUAAACAGUUCACAGAGAGGACUUUGUGAAACCAUCAAAAGUUGCGGACAAACCCUACUCAAUACAGUGUCCAAUAUUCUAGACUACAGCAAGGUCAAUAAAUUGCAUCACCAUCUGCCUGAGACAAAGCAGAAGCAAGAAAGAGCGCGCAGCGGAUUGAGGUCCAACUUGCCUAAAAUAAAUUCCGGGUUAGAAAAUACGCCUCUAGUGGGGUUAUUUUCAGAUGUAGAUGUUGCCAGCAUCUACGAAGCCGUCGUUACCACUGUCUGCGCGGGCAACCCCCUGGAUGAGAGGAAUACAGGUAUCCAGAAGCUACGCAGAAAAUCAGACGCGGCUGGCAUCUACGAUCUAUACCAAACCUUUGAAACUGAUUCUGUCCAACACCAGCACGUCACCGUCAUCCUCGAUAUAGCUCCGGGAGAUUGGAAUUUUUCGUGCCCCCCCGGGGCCGUUCAACGUGUCCUUAUGAACCUACUGGGAAAUAGCUUAAAAUACACCCACGCUGGCCAUGUCAGAAUCAGUCUCGAAAUAGGACCACUCGUCGAACAAGCAAACAAGAAAGAAAAGUGGCAUUAUCUCACCAUGGUAGUUUCUGAUACCGGCAUUGGUAUAUCGGAAAGCUUCCUCCGCAACAAACUUUACUCACCUUUUAGCCAGGAAUCAAUACUGGCUCCUGGUACAGGCCUCGGAUUAAGCACAGUCAAGAAGAUUAUGCAGAAUAUUGGGGGAGAAAUCUCGAUAGAAAGCGAAAUUGACAAAGGGACAGAAGUCUCGGUGACCGUUCCACUCAAGAGGGCACAGCCAAGAUCCCCCAAGGCCGGUCGACCCUCUCCGGAUCCAUCACCAUCCUUAUUACGAGCGCAAUGUGCCAACAAGACGGUGUCUUUGUAUGGCCCUGAACUUGGGUCUACCACUCUGCUCGGAGAAUCCCUCCGAUUAUAUAUCGUCCAGUGGUUUAACAUGAAAGUCACCACGGACUUCUCUCAUGCGGACUUUGUCAUCGUUGACGAGGAUGCAUUGGAGAGGCUCAUCUCAAACUUCAGAGAUCCUCCUCUUCCCUUGCGUAUCGUGGUUCUUCGCAGUACUCCCGUCACAAAUAAAUUACUACCGGCACGCACCGAGGAUGUCCUAAAGCCUUUUGGACCAUCCAGGCUUGCAACAGGCCUGCUUAAUGCGUGGGCUUAUAAGCCCACUGCUACAAAGCCUCUGACGCGGAGUCUAUCAGAGGGAUUCAUCAGUCUACCUCGGAAACCCUCUUUUUCAUCCAAGACAUCUGUGUCUCCCGGUAUUAGCGAAGCCGCAGUUUCAUACGGGGUAAUCGCAAAAUCUCCUGAGAAAUUAUCCCAACAACGCUCAGAGUCAAAGCAGGAGUCACCUAAAGGACCUAGUCCGACAGCUGCAAAUCCUAUCGAUGAUCGAGCCGACAAGGACAGACCGUCUCCUGUUUCCCAGCAAUCCAAAACAGAGGCUACCAGACCAGGGCAACCACACAUCCUAUGUGUGGACGAUAAUAGCAUCAACCUGAACAUCUUGCAAGCAUAUUUGCAGAAGCUAGGCUACACUAACAUUCGACGUGCUGAGAAUGGCUUAGAAGCUGCCAAGAUUUCGGAAUCCCACGAGAAUGGAUUUGAUCUUAUCUUCAUGGAUCUCUCAAUGCCGGUCUGUGAUGGCUUCGAAAGCACGAGACGCAUCCGGAAAUUCGAAAGGCUGCGGAACAAGGCUCAGGGAUCAGUGACCCCCUCGCUUCCCGCAUUCAUCAUUGCCUUGACGGGCCAGGUUACUAAUCAAGAUGAGGAGCGGGCGUUUGAAUGUGGCAUGGACCAUUUCGUCACUAAACCGAUGUCAUUAUCUUACCUAAAGAAAUUUCUUUCUGAUUGGGAGACCAAGAGGAAGGGUGAGCGUUGUUGAAGCGGUCUUGAAUCCUAAAAUGGCGGGGCGGUGGCCCCUCCUAUUAGGAAUUCACGAACUGCAAGUUCACAAUUAACCUAUUUAGUCAAGAACCCCGCCUCGAGAGAUGAUUCCGAUACCGAUGUUGAUCCUAGUCGCAUCUCAGGACCUAUCUAGUCGUGCAGUACGAUGGUUGU